UACUUUUUGUAUUUAUUUAUUUUAAAUACUCCAUUCAGUAUAAACUGUAUAUUGCUUAUUUAUCUAGGUUAUGUUUCGUAUGUGUGUUCCAUUUCCUAAAUUACCAUUCUUAAGAUAAUUUCUUAAAAUAAUUGUAGAUACUAAAUUAUGUAGUGCAUAUUAAAUAUAAUAAUCAUAAAAAAAGGAAAUUUAUAAUAUGAAACAAAUUAUUAUAAUACAUAACCUAACUAAUAUUUGUACAUUUCACUUGCAAGCGUUCCUAAAUAUUUCAAUAACUGUUAUAUUUUUAGAAAUUUAAACAAUAGUCAUUAUCAAUUCACUCGCAUAUAUAUUUUCUCAUAAUUUUAAAACUUUUCUUUUAAUAAUAUUAUACCGAUUUUAUUGCUUGAAAAUGCUGUUCUUCAAAAUAAGCAAAAUUUUAACAAACAAUAUAUAGGAAGAAUAUAUAUGAUUGCAAGAACAAAAGAAUAUGAAGGUCGUAAAUUAGUAGGGUUCUCAAUGGAACAAAUAUACGAUGUCGUAGCUGACGUGCAAAAUUAUAAAGAUUUUGUACCAUUUUGUAAAAAGUCUGACGUUAUAUUCAAAAGUGAUGAUAUGCUCAAAGCGAACUUAGUAAUAGGAUUUCCACCUAUAAAUGAAAGUUAUACAUCAAAAGUGACGACAAUGCGGCCGCGUUUCGUAAAAGCUGAAUGCUCAGAUGGUAGAUUAUUUAAUCAUUUAAAUACGUUAUGGCUUUUCAGUCCAGGAUUAAAAAAUAAUGCACAAACUUGCGUCAUUGAUUUUUCUUUAUCGUUCGAAUUUAAAUCACUAAUUCAUUCGCAUUUGUCGAAUCUAUUUUUUAACGAAAUCGUGAGACAAAUGGAAAAUGCCUUCCUUGAUGAAGCUAAACGUAGAUAUGGAAGGCCAUGUAUUAAAACAGUACGAUUAGAAAGAUGAUGUAGAAUAAUAUUAAACUAAUAAAUAAUUAAUGACAAUAUUGUAUAAUUUAUAAAUAAAAGCACUUCUUAAACGUU